AUGCGCAAUGAGCUGAAGGAUAUCAGGGACAAUUUCGCCAUGUUAAGGGAUACAAUGCUCGUGUGUAAUAAAAAUUUGGAAGAAAUUGACACUAGGGUCACGAAGUUGGAGAACCGAAUGGAAGAUCGUGAGCACAAAUGUAAGUCCAUGGAGCUUGAGAACACAAUAGCAGAAUUAAGGAUCCAACUAAGCGAGAGGGAUCAGGAUCUGUUAGCCAAUGACUUAGAAAUCUCAGGUCUACCGGAACAAAAGGGGGAAGUAGCGAUUAACACUGUGAUACUAUGUGCUAGAAAGUUAGGCCUUGAUAUUGACCACCGUGAAAUUGUUCAUGCCGAGCGUGUCGGAAUAUUACGCAAAUCUAUUGACGACAUUAAUACGAGUAGCUCUCAAGAACAAGUUCGUUUGGGACCACGUAGAAUUAUGGUGCGAAUGAGCCGGCGAGCGCUGCGAGAUGAAUUACUACGUUCAGCGCGUGUUCAGCGGACAGUAACCACUGAGUCACUGGGGUUACCCGGUGAGCCGCGUCGGUUUUACGUGAAUGAGUGGUUAACACCUUUGAAUAGGAAGUUGUUUGGUAAGACUCGCGAGGCAGCGAAAAAAGCAAAAUGGCGUUAUACUUGGACGAAGGGAGGUCAUAUUUUUGUGAGAAAGGAAGAUGGAAAGCCUGUAACGCGAAUUCGGUCCGAAGCAGACCUUAAGCGUGUUUUUUUGUUAAUCAUGCGUUAG